AAACUGCUUGAAUUUAGCCUUAUCAAAACAAAUACAGAUUUCAGAGAACUUUUUAUCUGAAUUUCCCCUGUAUGUACAAAUAGCCAACAAAUAGAGAUUUGAUUACCUUACUUAAACAACUUUAAGGUAGUUGUUGCAGUGACAAUUCUCUUAAUUAAUAUAACACGUGUCCCUGUCAUGGCAAGCGGCGACGAAAGGAAAGUAGCCCUUUUAACUGGAAUUACUGGUCAGGAUGGAUCCUACUUGGCCGAAUUAUUGUUAAACAAAGGCUACGAAGUACAUGGGAUAAUAAGAAGGUCAAGUUCCUUCAACACAGGCAGAAUUGAACACCUUCAUGCCGAUCCAUACGCACAUAAAGGCGGAAAAAUGCAUUUACACUAUGGUGAUAUGACCGAUUCCAGUUCUCUCGUUAAAUUAAUCACCAAAAUAAGACCAGUCGAAAUUUACAAUUUAGCAGCUCAAAGUCACGUCAAAGUGUCGUUUGAUUUAAGCGAAUAUACCGCAGAGGUAGACGCUGUGGGUACUUUACGGUUAUUGGAUGCCAUUCGAACUUGUGGCUUGGAAAAAGAAGUGAAAUUUUACCAGGCUUCUACGUCGGAAUUAUAUGGUAAAGUGGCUGAGAUUCCACAAACUGAGAAAACGCCUUUUUACCCUAGAUCUCCAUAUGCUUGUGCCAAACUUUAUGCAUACUGGAUCGUGGUAAAUUACCGCGAAGCUUACAACAUGUUUGCUUGCAACGGUAUUCUGUUCAACCAUGAGAGCCCUCGAAGAGGUGAAACUUUCGUAACGCGAAAAAUAACGCGAGAAGUCGCGAAAAUACAUUUAGGAUUGUCUCAGUACGUGGAGCUAGGUAAUUUGGAUUCGAAAAGAGAUUGGGGGCAUGCCAAAGACUACGUGGAAGCUAUGUGGCUAAUGCUGCAACAGCCAGAACCCGAUGAUUAUGUUAUAGCCUCUGGAGAAACUCACAGCGUUCGCGAAUUUGUGGAAGCAGCAUUUAGGCACGUAGGCAAAGAAAUAGUGUGGGAGGGCUCGGGUCAGGAGGAGGUUGGUAAAGAGAAAGAUACUGGCGCUGUUCGCGUUAAAAUAAAUCCGAGGUACUUCCGACCUACGGAAGUGGACCUACUUUUGGGCGAUUCUUCCAAAGCUAAAAAGAAAUUUAACUGGAUUCCGAAAGUGUCUUUUCAUGAACUCGUGAAGGAUAUGAUGGAGGCUGAUAUACAGCUCAUGAAGAAGAAUCCGUUAGCGUAGUGUUUUAUUAUUUUAAAGUAUAGAUGGGCAUUCCUGUAAUAUUUAUAUAUAUUUUUUAUUUUGCACUAGUCUUUUUUAAAGUGUCAUUUUAAAAUCGUAGUGUGCUAUUUUGUGUUUUGUAUGACGUGAAACUGUGAAACAAACACUUAUUGAAUUAUUUCUGUUUCUUUUGUAUUGUACAAAAAUAUUCGUUUGAAUGUUAUGACUUCCAUAUAAUUUUAUAAGACUAAAAGAUUUGUCAUAUUGUUGAUACACAGCGCAAAUAUUGCAAUUAAAUAUUUUUUGAAAAUGA